GUGUUGGUGAGAGAUUCGAAUGUGUGGCGGCAGCGUAGUACGAAGAUCGGUCGGCAGUGGCGCCACGCUCGUGGCCGAGCGCACUCACGGCACAGACUCCGUACAGCCGUAGCGCCAUCGAGUUUCGCUUUUCGUCGUUCUCGGUACGUCGCUGCGGGCCGUGUAGCCAGACGACAGUUUGCCCUGUGUGCCUGGACGGGGCGGUGGAAUUCGAUCGUUCGCGUGGUGACGUUACACACGUUUUCGGAGCGGUAUCGCGUGAGAGAAAAAGUGACAUUAACGGUUUUGCAUCACGGUCACACGGGAUAAUUGUUGGCACGCGUACGAACUCGACACAUGAAGAGGAAAAUAAUUGGUGCAAAGUGGACGAGGAAAGAAGACGAGGCAAGUAGUAGAACCGGCAACGAUUCGAGGAAUGACCCCACAUGAUCGUUUGCGGUCACACGACGCUUUGAUGAGUCGCGAUACGACGCGAUGAUAUCUUCCAGGUGUUUAUUAUUCCCACCUUGACUACAUCACGCGUUGAUUUUUUUAUUAUCGCCUCUUAUCCGAUUAGUGUGUUCGGUGUGAAAGAAAAUCAAAGUGUUUUUAAAUCGAAAGGGAAAGAGCAGAGGAGAGGAAAAAGUUUAGUUUUGUUUGUUUACUCCCGUUCGUCGCACCGCGAGAGUCAUGGGUGAUGUGUACACGCUAGUUAGUGACCUGCUCGUGAAGGAUACACCCGCGGACAGAAGAAAAAUCGACCUGACCACGCCACCCGCAAGGAUGAAUCACCAGCCCGAGUCAUCGGCGAACCACCACCGUUCCUCCGAUUCGCGACUACUCUCGACACGGAUGCCCGCAUUCUGCAGAAUAAACACAGAGAGUCGAACCGAGGUAACAGGGAUGAAAGGAUUUCUUCGACUGUGUCGAGAAAGGUUACCAAUCACCGUAUCGCGAUUCGCAGAAAGUUUGCAAACUGUGGCAAGGUUUCUCGCAAUAUUAACUUGGCUGCAUUCAUGGAUAUCAGACAAUACGAUGCCUGAUGAUGAUAAGCGACCAAUCAGAUCGUGGAACAUUCAUUUACAGGCACGAAGACGCGGUGUGACGUUGUUCCAUCUGUUAAUACUGGCUGGUUUGUUCACCCUUGGCACGGCCGCAAUCUGUCCAAACGGGUGUAUCUGCGACGACGACAACCUCGUGGUAUCCUGUAUAGGAGCGAAUUUGGAUGUCAUACCGAUUGCCCUGAAUCCAAGUAUCCAGCGAAUAGUGUUGAAGGAAAAUCGAAUAAAAAUAGUCGAUGCAGCCGCGUUCCAAUUCUACGGGGACUUGAAGAACGUCGAUUUAUCGAGCAAUCACCUGUUUACCAUUCCCAAUGGGAGCUUCGAUGCUCAGAAGCAACUGGUGGAACUUCAUCUAAGACACAACAAGAUCUCGGCAUUGACCGAGAAGACGUUCCAAGGUUUGAAAUCUUUGACGGUGCUCAAUCUGCGUGAUAACUACUUGGAGAAUCUGAAGAAUGGCCUGUUUGCCUCGUUAUCGAAGUUGGAGGAGCUGGACUUGGGAAAAAAUCGCAUAUCGAAAGUGGAGCCGGGUGCUUUUCAAAGGUUGGGCACGCUCAGAGUAUUACACCUCGACGACAAUCAAUUGAAAACCAUUCCAUCUCCGGCUCUGGCUCCGUUGAAUGCUCUGGCCGAGCUGCAUAUAGGUUGGAACGCGUUUUCCUCACUUCCAGACGACGCGUUCCGGGGACUGGAACAAUUGACCGUGCUUGACAUUACCGGGGCCGGGUUGGACAACAUAAGCGACAGCGCUUUUCGCGGUCUGAACGCUCUGCGCACGUUGGAAUUGGAUGGGAACAAAUUGCGAGAAGUGCCGACUAGACAAUUGGCCGUUCUACCUCGGCUCGAGGAGCUCACCCUGGGUCAAAAUUUCUUCACGAUCCUGAGAUCGGGUGCCUUCCAAGGCCUGUCCAAGUUGAAAAAACUGGACAUAUCCGCGGCCAAGUUGUUAACCACCGUUGAACGAGGGGCGUUCUCGGACAACGCCAACCUAGAGACACUCGUGUUGAACAGUAACAAACGGCUGACUACAAUGGAGGACGGUUCCCUGGCCGGGUUGCCCAACUUGAGGCACUUGAUGCUGCGGGACAACGCAUUCACCGGAUUCUCGGAAUCUCUAGUGGCCUGGAACGAGCUUCGCCGGCUCGACUUGAGCGAGAAUCCCUUGGUCUGCGACUGCAGCCUGCUCUGGUUAUCCGAGGUCCUUGUCCCAAGAAACUCCAGCCCGGUGUUGUGCCUGGAGCCAGCCGAGUCGAAAGGGAAACCCAUAAAGGGCAUGACACCCGACGAGCUAGGUUGCGCCUUCUCCGAUCCCAAACAAGCAUUGCUAGCCACCCUGAGCACGGCUGGCGUUGCCUUCUUCUGCGCCGUGUGCCUGAUCGGUUACUACAGAUGUCGCAGACGCUUUGGGGACGCGUUGAAAGACUACAAAUGGAAAAACCGCGGCAUCUCGCGCAAGGAGCACGAGUAUCAAAAGACCUUUUCCAACGACGACGAGUACAUCGUCAGAUCCGCCCACACUCACCACCACCACCACCACCAUCAAGCUCAACCGCAGCAGAUCCCGCCUCACCACCACCACCACCAUCUUCAACAGCAACAACUGCAACAACAGCAGCAACAACAGCAGCAGCAGCAACAACACUCUCAGAUAGCGGCCGGUAUCAAGCCUAUACCGGUGACGGAACUCACCACUCUCGCUGAAGGCUUCACCUACAUCGACGGGGAGACGGCGCGCCAAAUGCCGCCGGGAACGCUGCCCAACUCCGGGACGUCCGGCCAUCGUCCAGCCGCCAUCGAGGACGGCUCCGCGCCGUUGACCGUCCCAGGGGACAACUGCUCCUCCACAGGCGGUGGCAGGCUUCAUUACUCGAAUCAUUCUCUGCGCCGCACGCCGCAGCCACCCCAUCUGCCCUCCCGCGACCCGGACAACACCUCGGAAAGGGCGCAGAACGACUCGAGGCUUCAGAACGGCAUACCUGGACACCAUCACGCCCCGCCUCCGCUACCCUCGAGACACCAGUCGUCCUGCGGCCAAUCCUCCUACCCCACCCUGCCUAUGAACGGCCACCAGUACCAUCACUUCCCGCGCGAGAAGGACAGAUCGUCGGCACGCGAGAGGAGUCGCGAUCGAGAUGUGCAAUCCGUCCCCCAUCGGUCCGAGAAGCACCGAGAACUUCAGAUGGAGAUGGAGAUGCGCGACGGGAUGGACAUGGAGAUAGGCACGUAUCGGGCGUAAGGGAGUGUAUGUAUGCACGGGGUGACAAGGUGUAUUUCGCACCGAGUGAAUUGAAUAAUCGAAGACUGAAAUAAUCGAAUAAGGUGGGGGAGGGACUCUGACGGUGGACGAGAUGGUCUCCGUCCGACUCUCUCGAAGUGAAACACGGUUGGAAAGAUGCACCGGGAAGCGGUUCGAUGAACAAUCGCCGGUGCAAUCGCGAAUGGAAUUGGCGAACUCGCAGCUAAAUCAAACUGAAGACUGAUUACGACGGACGUAGGACGGUGAAGUAAGUUAAUGAUGAUAACUGGUACAUUCCAAUCAUCUGUCUGCCAGUCUUCGUUGGAAUCGGCGGCCACGCAAAUUCGAAUCAAAUUAGAACGUUUCUUGGUCGACAGGAAUUUCUCUGAUUGUCGUGCAUUGGGUGCUCGCAAUGAGAAAUCUCCGCGUUCACUUUCGAAAUCGUGCCGAUGGAAAUUACAGGAUCAACAGGAAGAAAUAUACAUAUAUAAAUAUAUAAAUAUAUAUAGAAAGACACAUCGAAGUUAUUUUAAUGAAAGCAAAGAUUCAUAUGACGGGAAAACGAUAAUAAGAAGAACGUAAGUCGUGUGCAUACGGAUCAAACGUUAAGGAUCAAUGAUGCUUUGAAGGAAAUCCGUCGAGAGGGAUAAAAAUUCGGAUCGAUACGUUUCGUUGGACAUCCGUUUCACAAUAGCGCGUACCCUGUGGAAGAGGAACGAGAUUCGCAAAGCAUGGAUCGGAUUGAAGGGGGCGCGCGUGAGAAGAGCUGCGUCAAAAGACCGAUGGAAGUAAGAACUGUGUGUGCGUUGCUCCGCUAACGAUUUUUACGUGCGACAGCUAUAGAAUGAUCGGCGACUUUGAAGAUCGUUGAAAGACGAAACCGGAAGGGGAAGGAAGGCUAAAGGAAAGGAAGAAAGAUCAAAGUUUCGGGCGAAGCUUACUGUCUCGAUCCUAUAUAUGGACUCGUUUGUAAAGAUCAUUUUUUAGAAUGAUGGAGCAAUGGAUCACGCUUCUACCGCCAUUACUAUCGUUCACGAACGACCCACAAUGAGAAACGUUUGUGGGAAUUUAUUAUUGCAAUUACGGUGAAUUUUCAAGCGCCUUAUGCGAGUAAUCUUGAGCACGUGAAAAUCGUAUUCGGAAUACUCUAUUGAGGGGAUUUCAAUGAUUCGUUGCGUCAUUUUCAUUCCCAGCGUUUAUUAUGUAAAUGUAUAUUAUUUAUUGGCGUGGUAUUAGAGAACUUUGUACUUGUAUCCGUACAAUAUCUUUGUAUCUUCUAUAUUAUUUAAAGGGAAUUAAUCGAAUGAUUUAUACUCCCUUGGGGAAUGAAUAAAUUCUUCAAGUCUCGAAGGAAGAUCGACACGAUGUGAACGUUAUUGUAAAUUAUUGUAUAGAUAUUUUCUAAAAUUUAAUCGCAUAAAAAUGGGGGGAAGGGGAG